AUGGCGAAGAACGCAUCUGCCAGGCUCGAUAACCUGCCCAACGAGAUUCUCGACGGAAUCGCAGCGCAACUGGACCGGUCUACUCUGUAUGCACUGACUUUGGUUUGCAAGAAGACCGCCGCCUCGGCGACCAUUGCUCUAUACAGCACUUACGCCAACGUCGAUCCACCUUCUGUCGCCCCAUUCAGCCUGUUCUUGCGCACGCUGUGCGAAGUACCCCGAUUGGCUGCGCUUGUGACGACGGUCAAAGUUCGCGGUUGGCGCUCCGAGUAUGAAGUCGCAAAUGGAGUAGCAUGGAGGGGCGUCGAACCACUGAAGAACACCGAUGAGGUGAUGCCACAGCGUAGCAAGCCUAUGCUUGCAUCGGCCAAUAAGUCCCUGAAUGCGGCCCAGAAUAAAUUUGACCUGUUUCACCGUGCUGCCGUACGUGCCGGCCUAGUAAAACCGGGCUCGCACUCGACAGCGCCGCUCAAGUCGACACUGGAUCAGGAUCGGCUCUUGCGGAAUGACGAGGACUUUGUGCGUUUGCUAAAGCACGAUGUCGAGGACGCUCACUUCAUUUUACUCCUGGCUCUACUUCCUAACUUAGAUUGCGUCGGUGUCAGUGGGCUCUCCGUCUAUUCGACUCUGGACUGGUACACCUUUCUCUCUCGUUCUAAGGGCGCAUUGCAAAAGGUGACGAGCCUGUUCAUCCACGGCUCUCAGCCGCGCGAACAUGAGCCAAUCCUCCAGACGAGUAUGCAGGUUUUAGAUAUCCUUCCUCAGCUCCAGAUCCUCUGUAUAAGCAACAUGAGUGUGCAAGGGCACCGGUACACAGUAGCGUCGCUUCCAACCAAAGCUAUUCGCACCCUAUGGUUCUCGCGCUGUGCGAUCUGCCACCGGCUGCUGGCAAAGAUAUUUGCCAACCAAAAACCAGAGACCCUUGUCUACCUUCCGCGUCACCGCGAGAUACAAACCAUACACAGCGCUGCCACCUUGAACGAAAACCAAAUCACCACCGCGCUCGGCGAAGCCAAAAACUCCAUUCAAAAGCUCUGCCUCUACCCCAAUGGCCCCAGCCCCCACCAACGCACGGCCGAAUACGCGUCCCUCAAGUAUCUCCACAUGCCACACAUCACCAUGCUGCCCCAAAACUCCACUUCUACGGCCCCAGCCGACAUCAACAGGGCCCUUCGCUACGCCCUCCCCCCAACACUACAGACCCUGACCCUGCAUAGAUGCUACAUCGACCGCCCAAUGGAGCCCAUCGUUCAGCAGCUCGUGGAACUCAAAACCGCGGGCCGGCUGCCGCACAUCGCGUCCCUCUCGCUAAUGUUCGACGAGAGUUUAAGUAUCAUGGGCUCCGCGGCUUGGGUCAUCGUGGUCUUCAUUGAGGAGAGGCUGCGGAAGGCCGUGGAGGGGUCUGGGAUUGAGCUGCACAUUGAGCUGGGGAAUUAUGGGGGUGCGAUUGGGGCUUAG